GCUUGGUUCUAAGAAAAAAAAAUCCAUUACUAGCUUUUUUGUUUUUUUCUCUAGACGUUGUUUCUCUGAAAGACAGAAGGGCAAGUAAAAACAAUACACCAAAGCAGGGCUGGGCUGUGUAUUACCGCUUGGAAGAUCAGAUCAAACUCCACAAAUCAUAACUCCUAAUAGCAAGAAGAUGCUUGAAGAGGACAAAGAUGCAGUGGAGAGACAUAAUAGAGAGAUUCUAUGGAGAGAUCGGGAAAGCAAAUAAACUUUUUGUAUGGGGAUGGAAUGCAAAGAAACGCUCGAAAAGUGAGAAGCAAUGAAAACCACGAAAAAUCUCAGGAAGAAGAAAUUAUUAUAAAAAAGAGGAACGGGUAUAUGAAUCCUGCUAUGACAGCCUUUUGAUUCUCACCUCUUUGGGCCCCCUUCCCCAUGUGCACUGUCAUCUAUUAGACUAUUACACAUUCCUCUCUCCCCCAGCCCCCAUCUCUCCCUCUGCCUUACCUAUGCGUUGCUUCUCGAAAUGUUGAAGAACUCUCUCUUGAAGAACCUUCCAUGGCUUUCUUUCUUUCUCUGAGGAUAGAGAAGAGAGCUUGUCUCAGUUGCAAGCUUUUGCUUCUUUUUCUUUCUAGUUUUUCUUCAAUCUUUCUCAUUGUCAACUCUCAAGCUACCCCUAGUGAAGAUGUUGCAGUUAUGCUUGCCCUCAAGAAAAGCCUCAAUGUGCCUGAUUCUCUUGGAUGGUCUGACCCGGAUCCCUGCAACUGGAACCAUGUUGGCUGCUCUAUUGAUAGACGAGUCACCCGCAUCCAAAUUGGUCGACAAAACCUUCGAGGUACACUCCCUUCAAAUCUUCAAAACCUUACUCAACUAGAGCGCUUAGAGCUUCAAUGGAACAACAUUUCCGGUCUUCUACCUAGUUUUAACGGGUUAAGCUCACUACAAGUGAUAAUGCUUUCUGGGAAUCAGUUUACUUCCAUUCCUAGUGAUUUCUUUACUGGUUUGUCCUCUCUUAAGGCUGUUGAGAUUGAUAACAACCCAUUUUCCUCCUGGGUAAUCCCUGAAAGUAUUAAAAACUCUUCUACUUUGCAGAAUUUCUCCGCAAAUUCGGCAAACAUCUCUGGGUCAAUACCCAAUUUUUUUGGUCCAGAUGCUUUUCCGGGCCUAACCAUUCUGCAUUUGGCCUUCAAUGAGCUUGAAGGUGAGUUGCCUGCGAGCUUUGCUGGGUCACAGAUCCAGUCUUUGUGGCUCAAUGGGCAGAAGAGUGAAGGCAAGCUUACUGGUAGAAUUGAUGUUAUACAGAACAUGACUUUGUUGAAGGAUGUUUGGUUGCAUUCUAAUGGGUUUACGGGUCCUUUACCAGAUUUUUCGGGUUUGAAAGAUUUGCAGGUCUUGAGUAUAAGGGAUAAUUCAUUCACGGGUCCUGUUCCUUUGUCUUUGGUGAAUCUUGAGUCUUUGAAUGUAGUGAAUUUGACAAAUAAUUUCUUUCAAGGGCCUAUGCCUGUGUUCAAUAGCUUGGUCUCUGUUGAUAUGACCAAGGAUUCAAAUAGUUUUUGUCUGCCAAGUCCCGGUGAAUGUGAUUCCAGGGUUAACACGUUGCUUCUGAUUUUGAAAUCAAUGGGUUACCCACAAAGGUUCGCCCAGAAUUGGAAGGGGAAUGAUCCUUGUGCAGAUUGGAUUGGAAUUACUUGUACUCAAGGGAACAUUACUGUUGUAAACUUCCAGAAGAUGGAUCUCACAGGAACCAUUUCCCCUGAGUUUGCUUCUCUUAAGUCCUUACAAAGAUUGGCUCUUGAUGGUAAUAAUCUCACAGGUUCAAUUCCACAGGAGCUUACUACUCUGCCUGCACUAAAGGAACUUGGCGUGUCAAACAAUCAACUUUCUGGCAAAAUUCCAGUUUUCAAGAGUAAUGUGUUGGUGAAUACUAAUGGUAAUCCAGAUAUAGGGAAGGAAUCUAAUAGUUCUACAUCUCUAGGUCCUCCAUCAGCCUCUCCAUCGGCAGAUGCAGGUUCUGGAAAUAGUGGCAGCUCUGGAAAUGGUGGCAAGAAAUCAUCUACUAAGAUUGGAGUAAUUGUGUUAUGUGUCGUUGGAGGCAUACUUUUGAUAAUCUUUGUUGGCUUGUUGAGUUUCUUGCUAUGUAAGAAGAAACAAAAGCGGUUUAGCAGAGUGCAGAGUCCAAAUGCAAUGGUGAUCCAUCCUCGCCAUUCUGGAUCUGAUAACGAGAGUGUAAAGAUCACAGUUGCUGGUUCAAGUGUUAGUGUUGGUGCAAUUAGCGAGACACAUACUAUUCCUGCAAGUGAGCAAGGUGAUGUUCAAAUGGUUGAAGCAGGGAACAUGGUCAUUUCUAUUCAAGUCUUAAGGAAUGUGACAAACAAUUUCAGUGAGAAAAAUAUAUUGGGUCAAGGAGGUUUUGGAGUGGUGUACAAAGGUGAAUUGCAUGAUGGUACAAAGAUUGCUGUCAAGAGAAUGGAGUCUGGGGUCAUAAGUGGGAAGGGACUAAGUGAGUUUAAGUCUGAGAUUGCUGUGCUGACCAAGGUUAGGCACCGGCAUCUUGUUGCUCUUCUUGGGUACUGCUUGGAUGGUAAUGAGAAGCUUCUUGUUUAUGAAUUUAUGCCACAAGGGACACUCAGUAGGCAUCUUUUUAAUUGGGCACAUGAAGGACUGAAACCCCUAGAGUGGACAAAGAGGUUGACUAUAGCCUUGGAUGUAGCAAGGGGUGUUGAAUACCUUCAUGGUUUGGCACAUCAAAGUUUUAUACAUAGGGACUUGAAACCCUCAAACAUUCUUCUUGGGGAUGAUAUGAGGGCCAAGGUUGCCGAUUUUGGUCUUGUACGCCUUGCACCAGAGGGUAAAGGCUCAAUUGAAACACGAAUCGCUGGAACUUUCGGAUACUUGGCACCGGAAUAUGCAGUUACUGGUAGGGUGACAACUAAAGUGGAUGUUUUCAGUUUUGGGGUGAUAUUGAUGGAGCUUAUAACAGGUAGAAAAGCUCUCGAUGAUAGCCAGCCUGAGGAGAGCAUGCAUCUUGUAACUUGGUUCCGCAGGUUGCACCUCAACAAGGAAUCCUUCCACAAGGCCAUUGACCCCACGAUUGACCUCGAUGAGGAAACACUUGCAAGUAUCAGCACUGUUGCAGAGUUGGCAGGCCACUGCAGUGCAAGAGAGCCAUCUCAAAGACCAGACAUGGGGCAUGCUGUCAACGUGUUAUCUUCUCUAGUGGAGCUCUGGAAACCAACUACCCAAAAUCCUGAAGAUAUAUAUGGCAUUGAUCUUGAAAUGUCCUUACCGCAAGUACUUCAGAAGUGGCAAGCCUUUGAAAAUAGAAGCAACUUGGAAUAUUCAUCUUCUUCACUCCUCCUCAGCUUAGAUAAUACUCAGACCAGUAUACCCACAUGUCCAUAUGGGUUCGCGGAAUCAUUGACAUCAGCAGAUGGGAGAUAAGAGUGGUAUUUGUAAGUGAUUGUGGUUUUCUAUGUUCAUUCUAUUUGUUUCUUUGCUUUUCUCUAUGAAAAGUUUCCCUGACUUCUAGUUACUGUGUGUUUUAGCCUUUGUCCCAUGAUUCUUGGAAGCGUAGUUUGAAUUAUUGUUCUUCACAUCUUUAAAAGGUUUUGAAAAUGCAAUGAAAUGAGUUUCCCAUC